CGCCUGCAAACACAGCAAGCUCCAUUUGCGCGUAACCAAUCCAGAGCCCGCAUUCCUUCACACGGAGCCUGCCGGAGCGGAGCAAGUCGGGUCCGUUCGCACCAGCACAGACAGCGCUCGGCCACAGAGAUUCACCAUGGCUUCAGCAAAGAGCUGCGCGCAAUUCGCGCUGUGUUUUAUUCAUUUGUCAUUGCUGCUAGCCGGCGUGUUCUGCGACGCCGAAGCCGAGGAAGACGAGCAUGCUAAGCACACGUACACGGUGGAGAUGUUCAACGAGGCGGUGCCCACUGCACCCCACUUUGUCAUGUUUUACGCCCCGUGGUGCGGCCAUUGCCAGAGGUUACAGCCGACGUGGAACGAGCUGGCAGACAAGUACAACAGUAUGGACGACCCCCCAGUGUACGUGGUAAAAGUGGACUGUGUUCAAGACACCAAGUUCUGCUCCAAUGUCCACGGAGUUAGAGGCUACCCCACGCUAAUGUUGUUUAAGCCAGAUCAGGAGGCAGUUAAGUACCAGGGGGCCCGAGAUCUGCAGUCUCUAGAGACGUGGAUGCUGAAGACUCUCCAGGAGGAGCCCUCAGAACCAGAGAGUGAACUGGAGCCUCCCAAAGCCCCAGAGCCCAAACAGGGCAUGUAUGAACUCACUGCUCUCAACUUUAAGACCCACAUAGCCAAAGGUGCUCAUUUUAUUAAGUUCUUCGCUCCGUGGUGUGGCCACUGUAAAGCCAUGGCACCAACCUGGGAGCAGAUGGCCACUACUUUUGAGCACUCUGAGGAAGUCAAGAUAGGAAAGGUGGACUGCACACAGCACUAUGAGGUGUGUUCUGACAACGGCAUAAGAGGAUACCCCACACUGAUUUUCUUCUACCAGGGAAAGAAGAUAGAGCAGUACAAAGGAAAAAGAGACCUGGACUCUUUUAAAGACUUUGUGGACAGCCAGCUCAAGGCUGCUACUGUCGAGGAACAAGAGGAGAAACCUGAUGAGCAUCAAGACUCAAAUGAGAUCCCCACUGAUGAGCCAGUCAGAGAGGAGGUAAAGUCCAACGUGUUGGUCCUGACGGAGACCAACUUUGAUGAGACUGUGGCCAAGGGCAUCACCUUCAUUAAAUUCUAUGCUCCAUGGUGCGGUCACUGUAAGCAUCUCGCUCCAACAUGGGAGGAUCUUUCCAAGAAGGACUUCCCAGGCCUCUCCGAUGUCAAGAUAGCCAAAGUGGACUGCACUGUUGAGCGCUCACUCUGCAACAAGUACUCUGUGCAAGGGUACCCCACGUUGAUCGUGUUCAGGGCGGGAGAGCAGGGCGAUGAGCAUCACGGUGGCCGGGACCUGGAGAGUCUGCACAACUUUGUGAUGCGGCAGGCGAAAGACGAGCUGUAGGAACAGUCAUGCCAGCUCCCAUCACUCAGCAGCGGCCAGUAGGACACCACUCGCUCCUACACUUGCCAACUCUCUCUUACUCUCUCUCCACUCGGGAUUAUCUUCACAAAGGAGUCAGCCAGCGAUGGACUGAAGCCACUAUUCUUUGGUGUUCAAAGACAAACUGAUUCAGUAAAGUAUUUGGGAUAUGAAUGUAUUUCUCAUUGCUGGUGUCUUAACCUCAGAUCUCCUUUUUAGGGAGAACACUGUUCUGCUGGUUGGGUGUGCAAAUGAAGUAAUAUGUCUGACAACCACUUUACAAGCACUGGUCAAUCAGUCACUGAAUGACAAAUAUCCUACUUCCUACCUACUUUAAAAACAAAAACAUUGUUUCUGACCUACUUCCUGUAGCUGUUUGAAUUUUAUUUUGUUUUAUUUCAUUUUUAUCAUCAAUCAUAAUUUUUAUGGUACUGCCACUUAUAAGAUUGUUUGCUUUGUGUCACCCACAUAAGCGAAGUGUUAAGUUGACAUACUUCCUGUCCACGCCAUUAAUGGCCUAUCAGACUUAACUCUCAGGGAAACACCCACGCAGACUAGAGGGGGCAGUUUAUGGAGGCUUCAUUGUUGUACCAGGAGUCUGACUUGCCAAAGGGACAUUACUUCAGAUCAGAUUACUUUGUUUUUUUUUUUGUAAUGUCACAAAAAUGUUAAAGAUCUUAUGGUCCAGUCAAACAAAAAAAAAAUCUUCCCAUUCCUGUAUAACAGCCGCAACAUUAUUUUACUCCUAAUGUUGUAACUGACCUGGACAGGGCACAUUCUAACUGACUUAUCCCUCUACAUUUGGCUUUAAGGAUCUCAGGCCUGACCCAUGUUGCUUUAAAUUUCUAUAAUUACUUCUGGUUUAUUGUCUUUUUGGCGUGAAAUGUUAUGUUCUCUUCAGUGUAGCACAAAAAUGUGAAUGCAAAAAUUAGUGCUAUAAUUCUCAAACUGGGGUUGGAUUUUGUCAGUGUUGGGGAACCAGCUGGUGCAGCAGAAAAGGCUUGUGGGUAGUUUUAUUAAUAGAAUGAAGAAAUUAUUUUUCUUGCACAGGAGAAUAUUCUACUUGGAUUGGGGCACUAAAUGCUUACUCAACUUUUUUUUUGGCUUGGUCAUGUUGCUAUUUUACAAUCAGUCUUCUGUGGUUAGACAAAGUAUCUGUGAAAACUCUUACAAACUCCAGCUCAGGGUCAGGUGGUCGUUGUGAUUUGUGACCUUUUUUGAUUGAAUACAGGGUAUAGCAGCUUCGUACAGCUGCUCCUGGUCAAAUAAUAUUUCUAGAUCUAGAUUUCUAGGCCAUCAUAACAAUCAAAGACCUAAAUGAAAUAUGUUGCAACACACCUACUGCUGGGUUUCAAUUCUCUCCAGUGAACUGGACAUUGAUUACUAAAUGCACUCCAAAAGAGCAUUAUUGGUCUGGUUUUUUAAGCAUUGCUUUUAAUAAUAAAACUGACAUUUGUUAGUCUGUUGAUGACUAACCCAACUUUUGCUCAUGUUCUUCGAGCCAGGUUAAAAGCUCUGUGCAUCAAGAACUUUAUCUAUUUUCUAACCCACGUACACAAACAGUCAGACACAACAGGUUUUGUUUGUCAAAGUAAAAGUUUUUAUGGAUAGUACAUAGUCUAAAAACUCCAGUGACAGUGCUUUGUGUUUUUCUUGGGUUGUGCACUGCCCAUUUGUUUGUUGUACAAAAGGCUGAGUAAAAGCAAAUUGUAACAUGAGAUUUCAUACUUUUUCAAAAAUAAGUUUGUACUUUCAUUUUGUUCUUGCAUCUGUCUGUUAAUACGGUAUGUGAUUUUGUUUUUAAUAAAAGGUGCAAUAAAUAA